AUGCUGGUGGGUGUGCAGGCCCUGACUGCGAUGUCCAAGGUUGCCAAAGUUGCGGCGACCGCCACCAAAGUCAUGAAGGCGCUGGGCUCGGUCGGACGCCUGAUGGGCAAGGCCUUCAGCACAGCGAAGAGCCUGGUCAAGACUGGGGUGAAGUUCACCAAAAAGCUGUUCCAGAAAGGCUUCAAGAAGCUCGAAGAGAUCGACGAAAACAGCGAUGACAUUAUGGACAACGUGGAGACCGUGCUCGAGACCAGCAGGACUUUCUUCGAGACUGAGGAGAAGGCAGAGGCUGCAAUACAGCGCGCCAAGAACUUGUACCACCACGGACAGGACGAGGUCAUGUACGGCAUGCGCUACGCAGCACAUUCAACCCAGAUUAACACACUCGCCGACAUUCUCAGCUGGCGGGACGAGUCGGAUUGCUCUUCAGAGAAAUGCAGCAGUUGCCCCAAAGAGGUUGCCUUCUUGAGAGCCUAUGAGAUCUAUGGUGCCUCGAAGUACACAGGAAGGAUCGUGACCUACAACAUGUACAAGAAGAUGAAUGAGCUCUUUGAUGGGUACGUUCUGAAGAAGCAUGCUUGCAAAAAUCACGCCUUCAAACAUGCCCAGGCCAGCAUGUCGAGAGGCAGCCCUGGACCCAAGUUGGAACCGCUGGACGAGGAGCACGCCGCAGACGUGAACCAAGCCUCUCACGGCUUUCUGGACGCUGCGCAGAGUGGUUCUAGCUCAGUUUGCACAGAGCUGGGCGUGCGACUUUGUGACCUUGUCACCACCACCAGCAACCGUGAUGCGGACCUGGCGGCGUUCCUCGCAGAGCUUGCAAGUGGCGAGCGUGCGAUGUACUAUGAGAGAACAAAGGCGGACAUCCAGAGGAGCACCAACGAACUCAAGGCAACUGUGAAGAAGGCGCAGGAGGAGUUGUCGCAGCAGGUGUCCGAGGUCCAGGCGAGCAUCACCAAGGAGGUGGCCGCAAGCACCAAGGAGAUUAAGGGACAGGUGGCUGCAAGCACCAAGGAGAUUAAGGUGGGCAUGGACACCAUGCAGGCGAGCCUAACGGCCUCAAUCAUUAACAUUGGAGACCGUGUUUUCGAAGAGACUCGCCGAACAGCAGCGGAGACACAGAGCCAGCUGCACCAGGCAAGGGUCGCUUUGGAGCACAAGAUGAACCAUGUCCGGGAUGAGAUCAAGACCAUGAACAAGAAUGUGCUCACCUCCAUCUCCCGGACGACUGCACGGCUCUCGGCUGAAGUCGCCGGCGUGAAGGAUCAGGUUAUGGUCAGCACCGCGCAUAUGGUCAACAAGAUGGAGGACGGACUGUCCAGAUUGAGCGAGCAGAUGAGCAACAUGGAAAAGAAGUUUGAGCAGAGGCUCGACGUCCUGAACGCACACCAGAUGGUUAUGACCAACGUGCUCGUCUCCAACACCAUGCGCCUGGAUGAGCUGAAGGCUGCGGUGGAGGGCUCUCUGGAGCUCGCCGAGGAGCACCAGCUGGAGCACUUCGAGCUGCACCUGACGGAGGCCAUGCUGCACGUGAAGUCAGCCUUCAGCACGGCUUUCGACUUGGCCAAGAGUGCGGAGACAGCACAGCUAAGGGUCGGCAAGGUGAUGGCUCGAUACACGGCCUGCGAGGCCUCCUGGCCAGAGGUGGUUGCUGAGCAAGCAAAGGCCAAUGCAACUCAGGCGCUCAUGGAGCCUGGCCAGUUCCUGCAGCUACACACGCAGGUCCGGGACGCCUUUGUAAUGCUCUCGACGAUCUUGUCGAAGGGGCGCAUUCUCCGUCGGUCUGUGGAGAUGGCAGUUCGUGCCAUCAAGCCAAAGGACAUAAAGAGGAACUUCACGGCAGGGCAAGGCUGCCGCAAGUACCUCUCUCCGAGCGGCAUCGAGCACGUGGGGAAGCUCAUUCGGGAUGCUGUCGGCAGCAUGCUUGUGGCCUUGUCUGAGCAGCUGGUUCAAACAAGAGAGUGGAUGAAAUGGACACGCCUUCUGUGCAAGAGACAAGGUGCUGAUCUUGGCGAGAAGACUGCUGAGAUGAUUGCGGAUGCGAACAGGAAGAUUGUUGCAGACAUGGCCGAGGCCGUUCGCAUCUUUGAGCUUCCAUCCGUGGAUGAGUCCCAGGAGCUGCUCUUGCUGUACCACAAGGUGCUGGGCCGUGCCCUGCCAGAGCUCUGUCCAGUUGCAACAAGCUGCGUCUCCGCAAUCCUGCAGACAGUCCCGGGGGUGCCAACAGGCUCCCUGGCCGCCUGGGACUCCUUCCAGGUGCAUGGGGCGAAGUACAUCGUGGUUGUGCAGCAGCCAGAGGCCUUGCUCAUGAAGGAAGGGCUGCACUCUGGCUGGGAGAUCGAUGUGCGAAAGCCCAUCCCUGCAUCCUUGGUCGGAGUGGACUCCCAGCUGCCCAGCCGCGUCUUCACCUGCAAGCUGGAUUCUUCCAGCCAGGGCUACAAGGCCAUUCGGCCCAGCGAUGCGGCAGCGAGCCAGCUUCCGGAUGUGGCCGUCUGCUUCUGUGCAGCGUCCAUCAACUCGGAGGGCGUGGCAAGUGCUCAGUGCCACCACCGGGGCAACGUAUGUACAAAAGGCUCUGCAGUGACACUAGACCUUUACUCUCCAGGGCGUGUGCCAAUUCACCUCCCCGAGCUGCAGCAUUGGACUGAAGCCCUCCACAAGCAAGUCGUCGGCAACUCCUGUGGGAACGGCAUUGUUGAGGCCUGGGAGGCCUGCGAUGAUGGAAACUCCAUCGGUGCCGACGGCUGUGCUGCCAACUGUCGAAGCACGGAUGCAGGUUUCACGUGCGCGACGCCGGGGAAGCCAUGUGACACUACUUGUGGUGAUGGAAUCCUUGCAGGCAAGGAGCAGUGCGAUGACGGCAACAAGAACAGUGGGGAUGGUUGCUCUGGCAGUUGCAAGGUGGAGACCGUCUGCAGCCGCAAGGUCAUACCAGAAACCUUCCGGUUGCCCAGCGGCAGCCGGGGCCGUAUGCCGCCCCAGAAGGUGUACUUCAACUUAGGAGGACCCAUGAACCACAAGCCGUUCGGGUCGGUGAGGGCAGCCGUUCCAGCACUUGCUGGUUUGGCAUCCUGCGCCAGCCUGGAAUGCCCCAAGGAUUGCACCCGCCGCACGUGGAAGGAGGCCAUAUCAUGUCUGGGCCCAACCUGCGAAGAUUCAGAUCGGGAUCGCUGCUGCGACUGCGGCGAGGACGGCCCCGCGGACACCGAUGUCACUAAAGCCGUCUCCAUCAUGCCGUGCUUUGCGUGGCGAGUUGGUGACUCGGGAAAGACACCCACAGCCCAAGAGUUCGCAAGCAGCUGUGGUGGUGUUCGCGGGUACAUCCUGACAGUGACGCGGAAUGGGACGUUAAAGGUCGUUCUUGCGCAGGCCACGUCGCUUGCUGGUGCUUUAGCGCUGCAGGGCGACCACAAGACUUCCCAGCUUUCGCAGCAGCUUUCGAGCCUCAAGUUCAUCGCCCGUCGCGUGCAGUCCGGGGUGAAGUUCGGUUUCUACUGUGCUGGUUCCGACGAUGAGUGCAAGCUGUGGCAAGUUCUCCUGGAGGCAGACAGCGAGACCGACCUUACUGCCUCUUUCCUCGCCAGCAGCAACGGGGGCAAUGAGGCCCCUGCUACGGAAGUCGGAGAUACCUUCGCUGUCUACAAGGUGCCCGACCAUUCCAAGAUGCUCAACUGCGGCUCCGGCCAGGAGCCCACCUGCGGGGAUGACAAGGUGGCGGGCUUGGAGGAGUGUGAUCUGGACUCGCCAGGCUUCGGGGAGCGAUCAAAGACCGAGGGCUUGUCGCGCCAUUCGGGCUUAUGGCUCUGCGUGGUUCUGGGUAUAGCGGGUAUUGCAAGUGUUCCCAAGCAGCUAAGGGGGCGCCGUUACCUAGGAUGUCGCGGGAAGUGCUCAGACAUCGUCCCCAAGCCGUGA